UAACCAAGCAUCUCUCUCUCUCCUGGCUUUUCUCUCUCUACCCCACCCAACUCUCUCUCUCUCUCUCUCUCGGUCGCAAAGUCUGUUCCUUUAGCAGGACUGUAAGGUUGUAGUGAGUGUAUAUUAAUAUUAAUUAUUUUUUUUUGUUCUGGUUUUGCUUCAAGUUUCCAGUUGUGUUUUUACAACUCAUGUCUGUAGAAAAGAUUGUAUCUUUCAUGGAAAUCUCAAAGCUCUGCAAAUUUCAGAGCUUUAUUGAAGCUAGAGGAUCAUUAGUUCUGCUAGCUCUUUUCACCAAACCCAGUUCUGGGUUUCUCAAUAAACUUCCUUCUUCUCAUUGCUUCCAUCUCACUACUUGUGGGUCUUUUCUAAUCUAACUCACCUUUUGUUCUUGCUUCAAGUCAUCAUAUCAUAGAAUAAUUAUUAACCUAUUCAUUUUGUUACUAUUAUUUUAUUGUUCUCUGAUUACUUCUUCAUCAUUGAGAGAAGUGGGGGUAGAGAGAUUUUGAGAUUUGUGUUGUGUGGUAUGGGAAUGGUGAUGCCAGCCUUUCUCCAGCUGGUUAAUCUCUGUGUCAUUGGCUUUGCUUUAGCUCUCCAAGGAUCUACAGGAUUAAAUCCAUCACCAUCACCAGAAUCUCUCUCUGUGAAUCCUCCUAUUGAGACAGCACCUGGUCCUCUUCCUCAAAGCAAGUCAUUCGGAAGCAAUGUGCCAAGCCCAGCAUUACAGCCAAACGGGUCGGAUUUGCACCCUGUGCCUGCAAUGCCACCUCUUAUGCCUCCCCCAGUUCCCCCUAAAAUCGAAGGACAGGUACCAUCCCUUUCACCAAGUACUCCAGCAGUGCUGCCACCACAGAAUACAGCUCCUCCACCAUUAGAUGUACAAACUCAUGCACCGUCUGUGCUGCCAACUGUUCCCCCAAAAAAGACACCAGUUAAUAAUGGCCCUAUCUCAGUGCCAGUUGCUCCAGUUGCUACACCUCCAAGGAAUGUGCCACCAAUUUCACCAGUCCUCAAUUCGAGUACACCAGAAGCUUCACCAUCAAGUUCUCAUCAAGGAAAUGUGCCAGUAACUAAGGUUCCCAUACCAGAGCCAAAUGCUCCACAGAACACAGCUCCUCCACCAUUAGAUGUACAAACUCAUGCACCAUCUGUGCCGCCAACUGUUCCCCCAAAAAAGACACCAGUUAAUAAUGGUCCUAUCUCAGUGCCAGUUGCUCCAGUUGCAACACCUCGGAGGAAUGUGCCACCAAUUUCACCAGUUCUCAAUUCGAGUACACCAGAAACUUCACCAGUCCUCAAUUCCAGUACACCAGAAACUUCACCAUCAAUUUCUCAUCAAGGAAAUGUGCCAGUAAAUAAGGUUCCCAUACCAGAGACAAAUGCUCCAGCACCUGUUUCAUCACUGCCAAGGGCAGCGGGACCAAAUCCAUCUGUAGUCCAUUCUACCACACCGAGUACAGCACCAACUACAUUACCUAUACCAGUUGCAUCACCAAGUACACUGCCUCAAAACCCACCUUCCAGCCAUCCAGUUACACCGGGAGAAUCUCCAUCCACAAUUCCUGAUCCUGAAGUCUCUCCUGUAUCAUCUCCUCCCCCAAACAUCAACCAGAAAAAGGAUGGAAAUUCAGUUGUUGCACCACCAUAUGAAGCUCCAAAGCCAUCACUACCCAUGGGCCAUGCUCCAGCUAUAGCUCCAUCUGUCAACAAACCUGUGGUAUCAUCUCCUACCCCAAAAUCCAAUUGGAAAAGGGGUAAAAUGCCAGUUGUUGCACCCCCAAUUGAAGCUCCCAAGCCAUCACUCCCCACAAGUCGUACCCCAGCUGAAGCUCCAUCUGUCCCCAAACCAGUGGUAUCAUCACCUACCCCCAGCAUCAACAGGAAAAGGGGUCAAAUACCAGUUGUUGCACCACCUUAUGAAGCUCCCAAGUCAUCAACACCCACGGCGCAUACCCCAGCUAAAGCUCCAUCUGUCCACAAAACUGUGGUAUCAUCUCCUUCCCCCAGCAUUCACUGGAAAAGGGGUGGAAUACCGGUUGUUGCACCACCAUAUGAAGCUCCUAAGCCAUCACUACCCAUGAAUCGUGCCCCAGCUCAAGCUCCUUCUGUCCACAAACCUCUGAGACAUAAUAAACUUGCUCCUGGACCAUCUGAUUCAUUCCCUGAACCUCCUUCUGAUAAAGGAUAUCGUUCUCCUGCAUCAUCGCCUCCAAGCUCAUUGUAUAAACAUCAUCAUACCAGGAACAACAUCACCAAUCCUACUGCUGCACCAUCAUAUUCGGUUUCUCCUUCCACUUCAAAACAGCAAGGUCCAGUGAUUGCACCGGCAUCAGUUCAAACAAGGAGGCGAAGACACUAUGCUUCUCCACCCCUAUAUCCAGGGUCUUCAGCUCCCCCAUCUCAUUUACCUGUCACUCCAUUAGCAAGCCAUGUUUCACCUGCUCCUUCUCCAUCUCUAAAAGAUCCAUCUGACUAUACCAAAAUACCCCCAAUACGUUCUGCACCAGGGUCUUUAUCAACAAGUCCAAAAGUACCACCUCUGCCACAAGUUCACGCAUUACCACCUCCACCUCCCAAUGCAGAUUGUUUAGUAGGGACUUGUUCAGAUCCCUAUACAAAUACCCCUCCUGGGUCACCUUGUAUCUGUGUCUUGCCAAUGCAAGUGGGACUGCGCCUUAGCGUUCCUCUCUAUACUUUUUUCCCCUUAGUUUCGGAGCUAGCCCAGGAAAUUGCAGUUGGGGUUUUCUUGCAACAAAGUCAGGUUCGCAUCAUUGGAGCCAAUGCUGCCAGUCAGAACCCAGAGAAGACAGUAGUCCUUAUUGACUUGGUUCCCCUGGGAGAAAAGUUUGACAGCACCACAGCUUUUUUGACUGACCAGAGAUUUUGGCAUAGACAAGUUGUUAUAAAAGCAUCCUACUUUGGGGACUAUGAAGUACUGUAUGUGCGCUAUCCAGGUUUGCCUCCAUCUCCUCCUUCUUCAGACGCUGAUGUAAUAAAUGCCGGACCAUAUCCUGGUAGUGACAAUAAUGCAAGGGCGGUAAAGCCCUUUGGGGUUAAUGUGUCCAAGAGGAGGCAUAAAAGUGGGCUUAGUGGUGGCAUAAUUGCUAUUAUUGCUCUGUCAUCCUUUGUAGUCAUUGCUUUAUGCUCUGCUGCUGCUUGGGUUUUCCUAUUCAAACCUAGAGACCGUGCUUCUCAACUAUCAUCAACUCCACGGACUUUGCUACCUUCUAUUGGAAAACGAUCAGUUACUAUUGGCUCUAUGAGGGAUAGUAGGCACAGUUCUGCAUCAUUAUCAUUUGGAUCGAGCAUUGCAACAUAUACUGGAUCUGCUAAUACUUUCAGUGCAAGUGACAUAGCAAAAGCCACUAACAACUUUGAUCCUUCAAGAAUACUCGGGGAAGGUGGCUUUGGGCUUGUUUACAGUGGUGAUCUUGAAGACGGAACCAAGGUUGCCGUCAAAGUUCUAAAAAGAGAUGAUCAGCAGGGUGGUCGGGAGUUUUUGGCUGAAGUUGAGAUGCUCAGUCGCCUUCAUCAUCGAAACUUGGUCAAGUUGAUUGGCAUAUGUGUAGAAGAGCACCGCUGCUUGGUUUAUGAGCUCAUUCCUAAUGGCAGUGUGGAAUCUCAUUUGCAUGGAAUUGACAAGGAAACUGCUCCACUCAGUUGGGGUCCCCGGAUGAAGAUAGCACUAGGUGCUGCUCGGGGUCUGGCAUAUUUACACGAGGAUUCCAGCCCCCGUGUCAUUCACAGAGAUUUCAAAUCCAGCAAUAUUUUGCUGGAAAAUGAUUUUACACCAAAAGUGUCUGAUUUUGGUUUGGCACGGACUGCAUUGGAUGAGGAAAACAGACACAUAUCAACACGUGUAAUGGGAACUUUUGGGUACGUGGCUCCAGAAUAUGCAAUGACGGGGCAUCUUCUUGUCAAGAGUGAUGUUUACAGCUAUGGGGUUGUCCUUCUUGAACUCUUAAGCGGAAGAAAACCAGUAGACAUGUCACAGCCACCUGGUGAAGAAAACCUGGUUGCAUGGGCCCGUCCGCUGCUCACAAGUAGAGAAGGGUUGGAGGCACUCGUAGAUAAAAAUCUAGGAUCUGAUGUUCCAUUUGACAGUAUUGCGAAAGUGGCUGCUAUUGCUUCAAUGUGUGUACAACCAGAGGUAUCACACCGACCUUUUAUGGGGGAGGUUGUUCAGGCCUUAAAGCUGGUAUGUAAUGAGUUUGAUGAGUCAAAAGAAAUAGGUUCACGGAGUUCUAGCCGAGAGGAUUUGUCCAUCGACAUGGCUGCUGGUGCAAGUACUACCUCGGAACAGAUGCCAUAUCCUUUCCAGCGCCAAUAUUCUGCUCCUACCUAUGAUUCAGACCUUGAGACAGAGAGGGAAGCAACAUUGUUGAAGUUGUACAGUACGUCAAUGAGAACUGGGAGGGAAGAUUCUGAGUCAUUUCGGAGGCACUCGAGUUCAGGUCCCUUGGGAACAGGAAGGAGUAAGCAGUUCUGGCAAAAACUGAGAUCAUCUGGAGGCAGUGUGAGUGAACAUGGGUUUAUGUUAAAGUUAUGGCAAGGAUCACAUUGAAUGCUUGAUCACAUCGAGUGUUGAGUUGAUGCUGAGAUGGGUUUCUUCAUGAAACAAACGGCAGGCAUUUAGAAGCAGGCAAAAGUUAGAGAAAGGCCAGUGAAGUCUGGAAACGAGACAUCGGCAAAAUCUGUAAUUGAGAUGAAUGCCAAUACCUUAAUAAGUGAAAAUCAUAUGGUCACAGGAGCUAUAUAUAUAUGAGGCAGGUUUGAAUGAACCUGCUGAAUUAUCAGAGUUUGUACAUCCAAAAAUUUUGAGGAGGCAGCUAGAAGCUUUUCUAUCUGUAAAUUAACAUGUAUUCAAGACAUCGGAUGCUUGCUCUAGUUACAUAUUGAGAUGUACAGAAGAUUUUGUACAAUAAUAUGCAGACUGGUUCCCAUAGAGAAA